CCCCAACAAAACCCCCCCAGAACUCCAAAAAGACUCCAUUUUUCAGAGAGAGAGAGAGAAGCAGAGAGAGAGUCUGUGAGCCAUGAACAAAAACUCGUGGCUCCUGAAGAUCGUGGUGUUCCUCUUCGCCCUAAACUCCCUCUCUCUCUGCCUCUACUUCACUUCCCACUCCAAAACCCUAAACACCCCUCCACCCCUCAACCCCCGCCCCCAAAUCAACCGCCUCCCCCUAACAGAUCAAACCCACCGCCACACCUACCGCUUCUCUAAGCCAUGGCCGAUCCUCCCCUCCUACCUCCCCUGGACCCAGACCCCAAACGCGGAGUUCCGCUCCUGCGAGGCCUACUUCGGCAACGGCUUCACCCGCCGGGUCGAUCUCCUCAAGCCCACUAAAGAUUCCGGCAGCUGGUUCCGGUGCGCGUUCAGCGAGACCCUGAGGAGCUCGGUGUGCGAGGGAGGGGGGAUCCGGAUGGUGCCGGAGAGGGUGAAGAUGUCGAUCGGCGGCGAGGUUUUGGAGGAUGUGAUUGGGAGAGGGGAGGAGGAGGAGUUGCCGGAGUUUCGAAACGGUGCGUUUGAGGUCGAUGGUGGAGGAGGAGAGGAGAGAGGGCUUGUGAGUCGAGAGUUUCUUGAUGAGUAUGUGCCGCGUGGUGAGAUUGGGAAGCAUACUAUGAGGGAGCUGAUCGGGUCGAUUCGGGUUGUGCCCAGUAAAGAGUUUCAGUGCACUGAGUGGAUUGAGGAGCCAACGCUUCUGGUGACACGGUUUGAGUAUGCAAAUGUUUUCCACACAUUCACGGAUUGGUAUAGCGGUUAUGUAGCUUCCAGAGUCACUGGCUUACCUAGCCGGCCUCAUGUUGUCUUUGUAGAUGGCCAUUGUAGGACACAAUUGGAAGAAACAUGGAAAGCGUUGUUCUCUAGCAUUAGAUAUGCGAAAAACUUUAGUGGUCCAGUUUGUUUUCGUCAUGCUAUUAUUUCACCUCUUGGAUAUGAAACUGCAUGGUUUAAGGGGCUCACUGAAGAUAUAGCGUGUGAGGGAGCUUCUGCACCAGAGCUGUGGCAACACCCUGAUGACAAGAAAACUGCACGACUGUCUGAGUUUGGAGAAAUGAUUAGAGCUGCUUUUGGAAUUCCAGUGCGUAGGCAGCGUAUUGAGAAGCAAGCCUCAGGUCUCAAUAUCCUUUUUGUUCGCCGUGAAGAUUAUCUACCGCAUCCACGUCACGGUGGUAAAGUUGAAUCAAGGUUAAGCAACGAACAAGAAGUCUUUGAUGCCUUAAAGAGCUGGGUGUCGAAUCACAAGGAAUGCAAAAUAAACUUAGUGAACGGAUUGUUUGCACACAUGUCGAUGAAAGAACAAGUUCGGGCCAUUCAAGAUGCUUCUGUUAUUAUUGGUGCUCAUGGUGCAGGUCUCACGCAUGUAGUAUCUGCAUUGCCGAAAACCGUGGUUCUGGAGAUCAUUAGCAGCCAAUAUAGACGGCCGCAUUUUGCUUUAAUUGCCCAGUGGAAGGGGUUGGAAUAUCAUGCCAUAAAUCUUGCGGGUUUGUAUGCCUCUCCGUCAGAUGUUAUUGACAACCUUAGCCGUAUACUGAGGACCCUUGGGUGCUGAAAACCAUUUGGUUGGAAGUUACUUUCUUCCAUCAGGUUUGGUUUAUGUACCACACCAUGUCUGUUUCCUCAGGAAUGCUAACACUAUAUUACACGGUAGAUCAAACUUAUCUUAGUCAAGAUAGAUAAGUUAACACUUCUUGGACUGUGAUCGACUUUCCCAUAGUUGGUUGAGAAUUAUAGUUAGGGUGCUUGAGCAAUGGUACGGGAAGAUGUAUGCCCUUUGAAAAGCAUAUGAGCAUUGUGGCAAAUUAGCUGACUUGGAUCAGGAAGCGUACAAUUAUCAGCGGAAAAGGUAUGAGCAGUCUGUACUCUGGACAGUAGAACAGUGUGUGCAUGUAUGUUAAGUUACCUUGACACCCAAAAUCAUUGUAUUUGUUAGUUCGUUCACUUGUUCAGGAACACAACCUGACUGACAGGUUGAGGCCUGGUUUUGCUUGUAUACUGAUUCUUUCUUACCAUCGUCUUGUACAAUAGAUCAAUGCAUGUAUCCAAUUUUUUUUAUCAGAAACCUUAAUGCAUACAAAAUGCUGUUUCCUUUUUA